AUGCAACAACACCUAGAUGCACACCAGCGGCCGCCCGAGUCCAUAAAGGCAGUGUAUAAAAAGUACCAAAAGAUGAAGUUGAAAGAGCUGGAGCAGGAUACAGAGAUUAUCAAUCUAGCACAUGGCGAGGACAGUCCGCUACCGGCAAACAGCAAGAUGCGCGUUGUCAGAAGUAUACCAAAAGAACAAGUACGCGCUGCAUUCCAGGCGCUUGCAGGCACGGUAGAGCAUGCACAGGACGAUGAUCUGAAAGACUUGUCGGAUAUUAAUGUCUACGAACACGAAGAUAUGCCUGGCCUCCACCUCAUCCCCGCCCUCCUCCCCCCUCCCCACCAACGCACCCUCCUCUCCCACCUCCUCCACACCACCCUCUCCCACCCCUCCCACACCACAAACCUCCACGCCCACUACACCCUAUCCUACCCCUCCCCCACCCCCUCCUUCUUCUCCCACCCCCCUACCUCCCAAACACCCAUCGCCAACCCCCUAACCCCCUCCCUCCACCGCCCCCUCCCCAUCACCCCCCUCCUCUGCAAAAAACUCCGCUGGAUCACACUCGGCGCCCAGUACAACUGGACACGCAAAGCUUACCCCGAUACCCCCGCCCCGCCGUUUCCCCCGCUGAUCAAGGACCUGCUUGCCCCGCUGUUCCCGGAUACCCAGGCCCAGGCAGCGAUUGUAAAUGUUUAUUCGCCAGGGGAUACGCUGGCUUUGCAUAGGGAUGUGGCGGAGCACUGUGGGCGAGGGUUGGUGGGCUUGAGUUUGGGGUGCGAGGGUAUUUUUGUUAUUGGGAGCGAGGAGGGGUUGUCUUGUGAUGAUGACGAUGAGGAUAACGACGACGACGACGACGACGACAAUGGUGACAGGAAGGAACACCCCCAUCCACAAACUCUCACCAUACGCCUCAACUCAGGCAGCGCAGUCUACAUGUCCGGUCCCUCGAGAUUCGCCUGGCACGGCGUCGCGCAGAUAAUACCGGGUUCGUGUCCGGACUAUCUUGCCGACUGGCCUGCUGGCAGUCGUGAUACUCAUCAAGAAGACUACGAGGCCUGGCGCGGUUGGAUGGGCACUAAACGGAUUAAUCUCAAUGUUAGACAGAUGUGGGAUGCAUAG